GGCACGGCCAGGGCUGCGGCACGGGACGGAGAUGUGGAGAGGCUGUAAAGCAGCAGGAAAACCUCCUUGGUCUUCCAAUCCCUGCAGGUUUGAGCGGGGCCAGGAGGACAGUUUCAUUAUGGAGAUUGCCGACAUCGCACCCCUCAGGAAGAUGAGGAUCCGGACGGACGGGAAGGGGACGCGCCCGCACUGGUUCAUGGAAAGGAUCACCCUGAAGAACCUUACUAACCAGGAAGUGGCCACAUUUACCUAUGGGGAUUGGCUGUCCAAGCUGAAAAAUGCCACGGGAAGCCUGGUGUGUGAGAUGCCAGCUGUCAUAAACGACGAGCAGAUGAUGGAGGACACCACAUACACUCUUCAGGUUAAAACCAGUGACAUUGGAGGAGCAGGCACCGAUGCCAACGUGUCCUUGAUCCUGUUUGGGGAGUAUGGGGACAGCGGCACCCUGCCUCUGAAGGAGUCCAACAAGUCUAACAAGUUUGAGAGGAACCAGAUGGAUGAAUUCAGCUUCUCUGAAAUGCUGAGCCUGGGAGACCUCUGCAAAGUGCGGAUCUGGCAUGACAACAAAGGAAUUGCCCCAGGCUGGCACUUGGAAUAUAUUGAUGUGAUGGACUCUGCCACGGACAAGACAUUUCGCUUCCAGUGUGAUCGCUGGCUGGCUAAAGGUGAAGAUGAUGGGCAGCUCAUCAGGGAGCUGGCCUGUGCCAAUAACGACAUCCUGGAACUGAAGGAACGGACUGCCUAUGAGAUUGUCACAGUAACCAGCGACAGAGAGGAUGCAGAUACAAAGGAAAACAUCUGGAUCAUCCUGGAAGGGAAGAUGGGCCGCUCAAAGGAAUUCCUCAUGGAAAACUCUUCCAAGAAAAGGAGAUUUGAAAGGGGAGCAACUGACACAUUCCAGUUUUCUUCAAAGAACGUUGGUGAUAUUGCAGCCAUCUGUGUUGGUCACUGCCCAAAAGAUGGGAAGAAGUCAUCUGCAAAAGCUGAUGUCUUCUGGCAUGUCCAGGAGAUUAUUGUGACAGAGAUGGAGCUUUGCAACAAGUACUUCUUCAGGUGCAACGCGAAAAUCCCUCUGCAAUACAAGCGGCGAGACUACAAAGUCUUUGAGUGUGCCAAGGUCACCGAGAGCUUCGCCAGCAAGGCCCGGAGCUUGGUGCCAGUCAAAUACGAGACCAUCGUGGUCACAGGCUUCGAGAAGGGCGCGGGCACCGACGCCAACGUGUUCAUCACCAUCUACGGCCUGAACGGGGACUCGGGCAGGCGCGCGCUGAAGCAGAAGUUCAGGAACCUCUUCGAGCGAGGCAAAACCAACAGGUUUUACCUGGAAACUCUGGACAUGGGGGAGCUGAAAAAGGUCCGGAUUGAGCACGACAACAGCGGCCUGGCUCCGGGCUGGCUGGUGGAGCGGGUGGAGAUCACCAACUCGGCCACUGGUGUCACCACCAUAUUUCCCUGUGGGAAGUGGCUGGAUGAAAACCGGGGCGAUGGGUUAAUCUGUAGGGACCUUUUUCCUAGGUACUGAGGAAGGCACGGCUGCAGGAGGGUUUUGGUCCCUUCACUAUGCCUAUUUUUUUCCUCAUUAUACUGUUUUAUAUUGCCUUUUACUUUUUAAUACACUACCUUUUGUAUUGAGAGAUUUUUAGGAGCAAAAUGUUCUU